GUAGCUGUAUCGCCUGUAGCCUAGCAGUUUCACUUCAGGAACAGCGAAGUAAUCCUUGUUACUUGUGGUAAGUGGCGUGUUACAUCACAUCAAGGACCUUAAUUGUUGACAAGAAUGUACAGCAAAUACUCUCAUCACCUGCACUAAUUCAACCAUUAAUCGUCGGCUUACAUAAUAUUUUGUGCGAAGGACACCAUCACCUACAGACGCCUCCAUCACAACUUAAAAACGAGGACACAGAGUUAGUUCCUUUACGCAACACCAGUCAUCCCCAGGACUCUGCUAAUGGAGAAAGCUCAGAGGACGAUGGUUUGCCUACUGAUGGAGGAUUGUCGUAGAAGCCAUCAUUUCCAGCGAUUGGUGGGCAACAGCCAUGUCUCCCAGGGGUGACGCAACACCGUCAGGCUUACGGUAACCUUAUCAGGACUUUCCCUGACCUUGCCGAGAAGUUACUGAAUGAAAAAUACACAUCAGUGAACCCCAAGAACCAAGAGUUAAUGACUUUUGAGUUCACUGAGUUUGAGAAUAACUAUUAUAUUCCAAAAGCCAAUGCUAAAAAUUCAGAGGAUUACGAUGAAGAGAGUCCAUUCAAGAACACCGGCGAGUUAAAACUUGGAGCUAAGCAGAUAGACGACUUCUCCACUUACUACAACCAUCCUGUCAGAAUCAUGAUUGAGAAGCAGGAGGCUAACCUCUUGUUGAACCCUGUCACCCAAGCCUGGCUCGACUACAAAUGGUCCUACCUCAUUAACUUCUACAGAUUCUUGAUAGGUUCUGACUUCAUCCACUUAAUGUUUCUGAUCGCCUACAUGGGUACUGUCUGGAAUACGACUGACAUUGAUAGCUGUGACAUUGACUGGGCUACAAAACAAAUUUUGGCUCCACAUGUAUUCUACUGUUUGCUGUGGUUGUCAUGGAUAUUGAUAUUCUGUGAAGAAGUUUUCUUAUUCAUUACACUCAACAGGAGGUACAUCACCUUCACCCCAAAUGUACUGCUGAUCUUUAGGCUUGUGCAGUUUGUUCUCACUUUGAUCCUCUUAAUCUCACCUCUAGUAAUGCAGUCAUGCCAGCAGCGUCUUGGAGUGGUGCAGGAGGUGUGGUCAUGGCAGUGUGGGGUGGUAGCAGUGUUGCUGACUUGGGUACAUGUACUCGAUGCAAUCCACCAAAUAUACACAUCUGAAACUCUACCUGUCCUUAAAGACUUCGGGAAUAUCAUCUUUAAAGUUUUGUAUUUUGUAUUUACAUUUGUUUUGAUAUUUUCAUUCAUUUUCCACAUCCUGCUUCGGGGACAAAAGAACUUUUCCACAUGGUAUCAAUCAAUAGGAAGUUCUCUGGCAUGGAUGCUGCUGGAUCUUGAUUAUGGGGACAUAUUCGUGGAUCCAGAUUCGCAUCUACAGUAUCCUAUCCAGAGUAACUUAAUUUUCUUCUUGUUUGUCACGUGUAUUGUAUUCUUGAUAAUGAGCUUGAUUGACAAAGAGCAACAAACUGUUACCGAAAGGAAUCCUCACAGUGUGGACAUCAAAAGAAUAGCGCUAAGAGUCGAGCUGAUUUUCAAGCUUGAUAAAUGUGCUUUCUGGUGUCACCGUUCAUAUGUCAAGACCAUUUUAAAAAAGAGCGAUCAAGCCCCCUUCUUAUUGGAUGCAUUUUUUGGGAGUACACCACCUACAAAAACAAAGGAAGAAACUCCCAUCCAAAGCAUAUUAGAUAAAGUGGAGGAAAUUGUGAAGAAUAAUGAAAACAUGUUAAAAGAUGUCGAAAACACACAUGACAUUUUGAGACGUCAUGACAAAUAUCUUGAACAUUUGAAAAAUAUUGAGAAGCUUGAUAUCUUGAAAGACUGUGUCAAGAAGCUGGACAUUUUGGACAACAAACUUGACAUCUUAAAAGGCUAUGACAAUAAACUUGAUAUGUUGGACAACAAACUUGGCAUCUUGAAAGACUAUGACAACAAACUUGAUAUGUUGGACAACAAACUUGACAUCUUAAAAGGCUAUGACAACAAACUUGAUAUGUUGGACAACAAACUAGACAUCUUGAAAGACUAUGACAUAAAGAUGAGCACCAUAAAAGAUGAUAUAAUUAAUGAGAUAAAGAAUCAAACUGAGUAAGAAAAUCAAAGCUCUAAAACAUUUUAUUCAUGAGUGGUGUGAGGCACAAGACUGGUCCUCGCUGGGACACAGUCAUCAUACCCAUAAUGCCUUAAGGGUGAUGGGGUAAUAUUGAAGUUCUUAGUCAACUUCAUUGAUGCUAUUUUAAUGAACCUCAGUUUGAUCAAGAUACAAUGUGGAGUUAAUACAUUUAAUGGACCUUUGAAGAAAAAACUGAAGGGUUCUUUCACCCACCACAUGGUUCAGACUUCCAUGGCCAUGGUUGUUAAUCAUAAAAUCUCAGCUGAGCCUGUACACUAUAUUGUCUGUCAAUUUACCCAUUAAUAGCGCUGAUUAAGGUAACUUCAGUAUUACCCUUAAAUGUUUUGUGAAUAAAGAUGGCCUACUUAUUGUCUUCAUAUAUGUUACUGAUCAAGUUAUAAACCACAUAGUGGAACCUUUACUUUCCAUUUACCGUUUAAGUGACAUGCCCAUUAGUGUUAAUUGUAAGCUUUUGGUGUAUGCCGAUCAAACUGGGUUCAACACGUCAGGAAAUUCAACUCUUCCCCCCACAUUACAUCAUAACAUACUUCUCUUCCCUUCCUUGUCUAUGUUGCCCAGAUACAGCUUGAGUCAACUUGCUGAAAAUGGGUUGGUUUAAGGAAGCCAAGAGACACGGUAAUUAUGUGUCAAUCAGCCAUAAAACCCUUGUUGUGAAGGUCCCCAGGGCAGGUGGACAACCGCCCACCACUGUAGCUGCCCGCACAGGAUCCCCACGAACUCCUCAAACCAUAGAGGGAACCUGACCCAGCCCUCAUUCAGCAUUACAAAUGUUACAACAUGUCCACCCUCUCUACUGCAGGAGACAACUACCCACAAAGACCAGUAACAGUUGUCCCUCCCACUUGAACAAGGAGUCAUCCUCAGUUCAUCCUAAGUGUGUUGGUUGUAGCACUUGGAGUACGUUACUCUCCUCUCCCUACCAUUUUUAACUUUCUCUGAUCUUUCUUUUUCACACCUGAGUGACCCUGAGUUUUUGUUCUUUAUUCAGUACCAGUCUUCCUACACUGGUGGUGAUGGCAUUGGUCCCCUGGGUGUGUGGGACUAUGUGUAUAAGAUACUCGAGCGUGUAGUAUACAUUGAUCUAAGUGCAGUGUAAUACUUGUUAUCUUCAACCAUAAAUUUUAUGUUUAUUUUGUAGAUACACUAUUACCGAUUAGUCCCCAGCUUAAGUAAAGGAGAAGUUGAGGAUGACUUUGUUGGCUACCCUUAUUGGAAUGGACUUUCUGUUUAAUUAUAGUCAACCAAAAUUCCAUUGAGUUCACUCUGGCUAUCAUACUUGCAAUUUUACCUGGCAAUACUGUUAUGUGCAACGAAUCUCGCAAUAUAACUUACAUCCCUUCAAAACCAAUUGCUUCAAGAGCUGUACUUUAACGUGCCUGGCAACUAUUGUCCCUGCCGGAUGAACUAACUGUAACUGUGUGUACUUUAUUCUUUAUAUAUACAAUAUUAUAUUGUAUGAUUAUAUAAUAUGUCAGUAUAGCAUUACAUUGGAUAUUGUCUUAGUGAAUACGUAGUUAUAAUAAUAACUUCUAUAAUUUAACAUUAACAUGUUAAGUACAGGGUUGACAUGAUUAAAAUAAAAAAAUUUUAAUCGAGUUAUUUUAAUCGAUUAUAAUCAGAGAAAAAUAAUUGAUUAUAAUCAAUAUAAUUUUUAUUUUAAUUAAAAUAAUUAAAAAAUCAAAAAGACAUUUUCCACUAUUUUUGUGUUGUACUCUUUAUCAUCUAAAACUCUACAUUGACACACCGAUAGAUAGACAGCUACUGGUAGGUAUACAUAACUUGGUGCUACUCAUACAUGUUACAUCAUAAUUUUAAAUUUAAGUUACAGGGGUGUGAAAUAUCAGUGCACCCAUGACAACCAGUGUUUUUGUGAACUCUAUAGUGUUUAUAGAAAUAUAUGGUUAGUUUAUAAUAGUAACCAGGUAAAGACUGUAACAAAAAAAAUAUGUUUUUCCUAGGGCUCUUGUGAUUCAAGCGAAUCUGACCUUCGUUUCUGGUGCUAACCGCCCGUUUUCGAGUUGAGCCUCCCCCAUGACGGAUGAGGGAAGGACCUAACCUAAUUUAACUGAACCUAACCAUAAAAAACAUGAAAACCCCCGACCUCUGACCCUCCCUAAGUGUUGAUGGCGUUUUUACCUUAGACGCUGGCGUUAUGUGACGUGUCUGGGUCCUCUAGCUGUGAGAGUGGCCUGAUGGUCUGGUUUGUGGGUUCUCGAGGUCAGGGCGAGUAGCUGGAGGCGGCUGCUGGGUAGGUUACGUUAGGUGAGGUUAGGUCAGGUCAGGUCAGGUCCUUCCCUCAUCCCUGUCAGGGGAGAUGUGAGCUUAACUAAAAAAUAGGCGGUUAGCAUCCUCAACAAAACCAUUGUGAAAACGUAUUUCUUAUGGAAAAAUCGAAACCUGGCUACUAUCAUAAAUUGACCAAAUAUUUAUUCUUUGAGUUGUUAUAAAUAAUGUAUGUAAGAUUAUAAACAUAACGUAAAGAAACUUGAUAUGUUGCCUAGGGAAUAUUAUAGUACAUAAACCGUAAUUAGUCUGUUACAUGAAUGACCUGAUUUGAGUGACCUGACUGGUUUCUGCCAACUACCUGAGUCUCCAUUCCCCAAACCUCAAGAUUCACCUAAGGAAACGUGGCCACAAUGGAGCACCAAGAGCAUUUGAAGAACCUACUGUACGUCUGGACUUUGCCAAUGUGAGAAAGACCUCGGAGAAGCAUUUGAAGGACUUAGAUCACAGCAUCAAGUGGAAUUGUGUAAAAUGAACUCUAAAGGCACAUUAACACGUAAUGAACCCGAGAAUAUUGUGCUGUAUUUGUUUGGCUAAAUACGGUGUGGUGAUCAUAUUUUAAUUCUUCAUCUUAAUGGUUGUACUAAUACUUAAAAAUUUAUAAUGUUAGUGUUAAAGUGUAGUCCUGCAUAAUACUCAUCAUGCUUUAUUAAAAUCUUAUAAUAAU